AUGCUGGAACACUGGAAUGCUGCGCCUUUCUCCGUCAACCGGUGGAGGGGAGCUGCGAUGUCCGUGAACCCUUGUAGGCCAAUGCCGGACAGACUGCACUUUUCCCGGAUCAGUAGCCACUCCGUCUUCGCUGACCACAUGGCCCAGGAACUGCACUUUGCGCUGGAGGAGGAGGCAUUUCUUGGGAUGCAGACAUCAGUUACUGACCUCAGCACGGUGUCGGUGGGGUCCCAUUCCACAACGGCAUUCUCUUGGAGCAGGUGCAGAGUGCCCGGCCGGAUGAUUGACACGGUAGAGCUGGUAUCCACCAGGGCUGUGACUGGAACGCCCUGUAUGGUGCACUUGAGCCAGAGUCCGUGUCUUGUGCCCAGCCUCCCCACCACCAGUUCUCGCUCAAGGGUGUUGGCUGUCAGGGGCACCCCACCCCUCCCUGUUCUCAUUUCCCGCCGGCUCUGGGGCGCGACACUGGCUGGCCUUGUGUCCGCGUUUUUUUACAGCGCCAGCAUCGGAUGGGGCUUCCACCAGCGGCUCUUGCUGGAACUAGCGCUGAGUGAACUUGACACGCUAAUGGUUCGUCCUCCUCCUCUACGUCGACUUGGUAGCAGGCGGCAGGCUAACGCGAGCUUGUCCCACACGCUGGCCGAGAAAUCUGGCAGUGAGGUCAGAAUUGGUUACUCUCUGAAUGAAGCUGAGAAGCAGCAUGUGUCCAGAAGAAGACAGACUGUUUUACAGUGCCUGAAGCAGCAUGGUAUAUCUUGCAGUGAGGAUGAGGUGCCUAACAUUGCAGUGCUGGGCUCUGGUGGUGGUUUGAGAGCGAUGGUUGGGCUGCUGGGAUCACUGAGCCAGCUGGAAGAAGAGGGACUACUGGACUGCAUCAUGUACCUGAGUGGAGUUUCAGGAUCUACCUGGUGCAUGUCUUCAUUAUAUAAAGAACCAAACUGGUCCUCUGAACUGAAAACUCUGAAAAAUAACAUCAUUCAAAGACUUUCGGGCACAAAGGUCAGUAAGAAGAAGAUGGCUCAAAAACUAAUGAAAUACAUGGAAAAGGACAACUUCAGCCUGACGGAUGUGUGGACAGCACUGAUUAUAUCUAACAUGGUUAAUGAGAUAGAUGAAGACAGUCUCUCAGUGCAGAGGAGCAACUACACCAAUAACCCGUAUCCCAUUUACACUGUGAUUGACAAGCAGUGUAAACAUGAUGGACUGGAUCAAGAUGUCUGGUUUGAGAUCACUCCAGAUGAGUCAGGUUAUUCUCUCUCUGGAGCUUUUGUGGAUUCCUCCUGUUUGGGAAGUCAGUUUGAAAAAGGAAAGAAGAUUAAAGACCAGCCUGAGAUGGACAUGCUGUACUUACAAGGCAAAUUGUUCCACGUUCUUAGAAAAUGGAUCUGGGGAAGAACAUACAACUAUCUCAACAACAUGACAGUGGAAGGUGUUAACACCAAUGUCCUUAAAGCAGAGAAGAGAGACUACAUAGAUGCUGGGGUAUUACACAACUCACCCUAUUUCUCAGUGCUGAGAAAAGAACGAGACAUCGACCUCAUCAUUUCCCUUGACUUCAGUGCAGGAGAUCCUUUUCAGACAGUGAACCAAACUGCUAAAACCUGCAAAGCCCUUCAAAUCCCUUUCCCUGAAGUUGCUGUGACCUAUGGAGGUAAUACAGAACCAAAGGACUUCUAUGUGUUUAAAGAUGGCUCUAAAGCUCCAACUGUAAUUCACAUCCCUCUUUUCAAUGGCGUAAACUGCAAAGGAGAAAUGAAGAAAUGGGAGGAAAAAUAUUCCACUUUUCAAACCAGCUACAGCCAUUGUAAGAUCACAGAUCUUCUGCAGAAAGCUGGUUCAAACAUCAAAAACAACAAAGACAACCUGCUGAAAGAGAUUGAAAACAUCAUUAAAGAGAAGAAAACCUCCAAUUCUGCAUAA